AAUCCCUUUCUGAUGUAGAGUUUCUUGCACUGAUAAGGAAAAACUGCUGAAGUCAUGAGGCUGCUCCAGGCAGAGCCCUCAUGUGAGUCAUAUGAAAGCUCCACACUGCUGACCUCUGGCAAAAAGGGAGAGAACGAGGAUAGGAGAGGCAGAGGGGGAGAGGUUCAAGUGCGAGUUUUCUCCUUGAACCUAGAAGAUUAUGGGUCAAGAGCUGUGUGCAAAGACUGUACAGCCUGGAUGCAGCUGCUCUCGUUGUUCAGAGGGAGGUGAGGCUCGCAGCUGUUGGAGGAGCCAGCCUGAGACCAUGGAGUCUGCGUUCAAGCUAACAGACCUAAAAGAAGCAUCAUGUUCCAUGACUUCAUUUCACCCCAGGGGACUUCAGGCUGUCCGUGCCCAGAAGUUCAAGAGUAAAAGGCCACGGAGUAACAGUGAUUCUUUUCAGGAAGAGGAUCUGAGGCAGGGUUUUCAGUGGCAGAGAAAGAGCCUCCCUUUUGGGGCAGCCUCAUCUUACUUGAACUUGGAGAAGCUGGGUGAAGGUUCUUAUGCUACAGUUUACAAGGGGAUUAGCAGAAUAAAUGGACAACUAGUGGCUUUAAAAGUUAUCAGCAUGAAUGCAGAGGAAGGAGUCCCAUUUACAGCUAUCCGAGAAGCUUCUCUCCUGAAGGGCUUGAAACAUGCCAAUAUUGUGCUCCUGCAUGACAUAAUCCACACCAAAGAGACACUGACAUUCGUUUUUGAAUACAUGCACACAGACCUGGCCCAGUAUAUGUCUCAGCAUCCAGGAGGGCUUCAUCCUCACAAUGUCAGACUUUUCAUGUUUCAACUUUUGCGGGGCCUGGCAUACAUCCACCACCACCAUGUUCUUCACAGAGACCUGAAACCUCAGAACUUACUCAUCAGUCACCUGGGAGAGCUCAAACUGGCUGAUUUUGGUCUUGCUCGGGCCAAGUCUGUUCCCAGCCAGACAUAUUCUUCAGAAGUCGUUACUCUCUGGUACCGGCCUCCCGAUGCUUUGCUGGGAGCCACUGAAUAUUCCUCUGAGUUGGACAUAUGGGGUGCAGGCUGCAUCUUUAUUGAAAUGUUCCAGGGUCAACCUUUGUUUCCUGGAGUUUCCAACAUCCUUGAACAGCUGGAGAAAAUCUGGGAGGUGUUGGGAGUCCCUACAGAGGACACUUGGCCGGGAGUCUCCAAGCUACCCAACUACAAUCCAGAAUGGUUCCCACUGCCUAAGCCUCCAAGCCUUCACGUUGUCUGGAACAGGCUGGGCAGAGUUCCUGAAGCUGAAGACCUGGCCUCCCAGAUGCUGAAAGGCUUUCCCAGAGACCGUGUCUCCGCCCAGGAAGCACUUGUACAUGAUUAUUUUAGUGCCCUCCCAUCUCAGCUGUACCAGCUUCCUGACGAGGAGUCUUUGUUUACAGUUUCAGGAGUGACGCUUAAGCCAGAAAUGUGUGACCUUUUGGCCUCCUGCCAGAAAGGUCACCACUCAGCCCAGUUUAGCAAAUGCUGGUGAAAAGAAAGGGUGAGAUCACCAAGGUUCUUCCAGGACUGUAUUUCUGCUGUUUUGAGUUUCAUUUGCUUCAGCCUACUACGAAGCUUCAAAUCUAACUCCAUACUGAACAAGGGGUUUUAUGCCCUCGCUUAUGACCUGGAAUAUUUUAAAUAUGAUGUUCAAGGUGACAGUACAAAUACUAGAAGAAAAUGCAAUGGAAGGUCAUUGCUAUUGUCAUUUGCGUAGAAUUUAAGCGAUUGAUUAAAAAAUUAGACAUAAACUAAGAUAGUCUGAGAAGAGGGCUUCUGAAUAAUUUCAUUCAUUUUGUCAUUUGAUAGAGAGAUUCCUGGGCCAGAAGGUUGAUUUCCCAAAAAGACUGAUAAGAGACUGAUGAUUGAAAGAAUCUGGAGACAGAGUUGAUGCUUAACAGAGACCUGCCACUCCUGUAUGUACUUACAAUUUCUCUCAACAAAAGGAUUUCUGUGGCAAGGAGAAAACUUGUCUAAAGUUUAGAAAAGUCUCUAGGGAAGAUGGUUUCUUGGAUAACAUUGUCAACAAAAGGACUUGCUGAGAACUGUUGAUUAUUAUUUCCUAGGGGGCGCUUCCUCCCUCACUAAACUGGAUUAUCAGAACACAUCACCACCCAACGCAGAUUUUAGGAGUUUGGAUUUGGCUGCUGGUUAGAAUUAAAUUUCAGGCUAUCUCCUCCUUCUGAAUCUUAAUUGUCUUUGAUGAUGGCAACAGUGACGGGGAAUCUAAGCACUGGUUUGAUGGUGGAGAUAUUGAAUAAAUAGAUGGGAGCAGAGUUCCAAAGAUGUAAUUUAAGCUCUGUUUCACCACCAGACACACACACACAGACACACACACACACACCUCAAGUAAAAUGAGAGAUCUGUCUUAGCUGCACAUGUGCCGUUUUAUACAAUGACUCCUUCUAAAAGAAGCCAGGGAAACUCAAAUUACUUCUGCCUAGGGAUCUUCUCAGGAAAUGCAGUAGCCUAGUAACCAGAGACCUCUGUAUAUCCUUUGGAAGAACAAGGAGGAACUAAUUAAGAGAGAAUUAAAAAAUAGUAACUAUCCCCCAACAUCUGAGAUGGAGAAAGGAAAGACACAUGGAUAGCCCAAAUAAAUUACUGAGUAAGUAUUUUAUUUUAGUAAAGAAUUUGACAAAGAUUGUCCAACUAUGCCUAAAAGAUGAAACAGUGUGGGCUGGGUGAUGGAGCAGAUAUAUGUGUUCAAAUAAUGGUGGUUGUUUAACCUGGAGAAAGGCCAGUCGUGGUGUGGCACAAGGUUCAGUCUGGAGUCCUGUUCUAGUCAAAUAUUCUUAUUAAUCACUUGAAUAAAUCAGAAUAGAUGGCCAACUUAUUCAUACAACUCCUUGGAGUAAGUAUUAUUAUUAAUCUAUGACUUCCAUUUUACAAAAGAGGAAACUGAGGCUCAGUGCAGUUAAAUAAUCCCUUCAUAGUAGCGUGCCAGAGUUAAGACACAAACCUCAGGUCUGGCUCUCCAGUGUUCCUGAUACCUAUCAGAUUUAAAGAAUAUAUAACUCUUGCAGAGGCAGCUGCUAUUUAGUAUUGGAUCAUGAUUCAAAAGAGACCUUGCUAGAAGCCAUAUGACUUAGUGGAAAUUGGUGCUUUUAAGUACAAUAUGAAUUAAUAGUACAAUUUGGCUUACCCAGAGAUAAUGCUAGUACCAGUCAAAAGCUCAGGAUGCUACUACUGAUGCACCAGCAAGCGUUCUUGAGCAGUUUCAGCUGUCCACUGAUAAACUGAGUUUCUACCACUGUAGUAGAAUUCCUCUGCCUCCCUGAAGAUAGAGCUGUAGGAGGGAUUCCCAUAUUGGAGGUUAGAACAGCUGACCUCUAAUGUCCCAUCUAAUUCCAAGAUUCUCCAAUAAUGACCUUGGAACAACUGUAGACAGGCUAUACUUGGGAUUAUGGUAAGAUACUAUUGCUGCAGGAAUGGAUAGACAGAUUUUGUUUUUAAAAAAUUGAUUUUUUUCAGUGGAAGUUGACAGAAUUAUCCUCUUUAUAAUGGAAGAUACAUUAUGCUUGUGCCUCCUUCUUUUUUCUUCUUUAACAGAUUGACCUAUUCAAAAGCCUAAUAAAAAUACGUAAGACUCUAAAAUGUCAUUUACAUUUUUUAUAUCUCAGUUUUGUAAAAUAAACAUUCCUGGAAUUUGUGCAUAUUUUUUCAUCCCAUGUUUUUGUUGUUUCUUUUGUAUAGACAGGCACCGCACUUUUAAAAACAUAAUUUAUUUUUGUUCAGUUUGAGGCACUAGUUAUUUUAAUGACGCUUGCUUACUUAUCCACUAGUGCUAUUCACCUAAUAUUUCUGUCUUCCAGGCAUCUAUAAUGGGGUGGCACUUCUUGGCUCUCUGAUGGAUGGAUACAGCCAUGUGGUUAGUUCUGGCCAAUGAAUUGUGAGAGGAAGCGACAUGUGUCACUACUGGGCCAAGCAUUCAUUUAUUACCAGUGCAAGACCCUCCAAAUUUCUUUUUUUAUUUGUUUGUUUGGUUGGUUUUUGGUUUUUGAGAUGGGGUCUCGCUAUGUGGCCUAGGCUGGAGUGCAGUGACUAUUCACAGGUUGUGAUCACCACACACUGCAGCCUCAAACUCCAGGGCUUAAGCAAUCCCCCACCUCAGCCUCCCAAGUCAACUCAGCUGGGACUACAGGUGUCCACCACAUAUCCAACUCAAAUUUCUUUUUACUCCUUGGUUCCAGUGACCAGCAGUGUUUAAGAUGAUCCCAGAAUGAGGAGAUGUAGAACAGAGUUCUCGGAUGACAUAUGAUGAGGUGUAGUGGAAGAGAGAAAUAAAACUUUAUUGUUUUAAGCCACUAAUAUUUUGAGCUUAUUUCUUACUAUAGGAUAACCUAGUUUAUCCUGACUGCUGCCAGGACACAUAAAACACACACCUGCAUGAUCCAACAUGGUAGCUACUAGCUACAUGGUGACUAUAUUUACAUUUGAAUUAGUUAUUAAAUUUAAAGAUCAGUUUCUCAGUCAUGUUGACCAUAUUUCAAAUGUUCAAUAGCUCAGAGGCUGGUGGCUGCCAUAUUGCCUGGUGCAGAUACAGAACAUUGCUAUUAUUGCCGCAAGUUCUGUUGAACAGUGCUGACAUAGUGUCAGGAUUAUAUGAGCCUUGAUAGUGAUGUCUUCUAACAUUUCUUGAUAUUUUAAGUGUGCAUUUAAUACCACCUUGAAAAUAGUCUCAAAAGGUUUUGGCUUUUAAAAUGAAAUCUCUGGGAGCCUCCAGUGGAUGCUGGAAGAAAAUAAAUCACUCUGAAAAGUAACAUUUCUUAAAACCAAACAACUCAAAAGGUCUUUUCCUGAAGGUUAUAUUGACAGAGAAGAUGAACAUCUUUUGGUUAGUUUUGACAUCUUUCAUCAAUUUAAUAAAUUCUGAGGGUAGUUUUAUUUUAGUCCAUCCUCCUUGAUUUUCUGCACAUUUUCUACUUCUAACUCUUCUCUAUUCCUAAGUGGGUUGAUGUGUACCUGAUAUAAGAUCUCAUGUCUCAAUAAUGAAUUCAUCCAAGUUUAUUAUCAUCCUUGAACACAAUUGUUUCUAUUGUAAGAACCAUUAACAGCAUUGAAUAUUACAAGAAAAUCUUGUAAGUAGACCAAAAUGGAACCAAGUUAUAAAAUAAUCCUUCUCAUCAAUGUGCUCAACAAACAUUCAGGCAAUAGAAAUACAAAGAUUAACAGUUUGCCCAAGGAUCACAUAAUCUAAUGGAGAGUUAUCUGUAAAUAAAUAAGAUCCUAUGACAACAUAUUAACCUGCCCUAUCAUAGAGGAGAUGAUGUAGACUUUGUCUUGAAGAGGGAGUGUGCCAGGCAGGCAAUUGAAGGCAUUAGAAGAUCCCCAAUGUGAGGAUGUUACAGAAAGGACAGGAACUGGAGAGGUGGCAUGCACCUGUAAUCCCAGCUACUCAGGAGACUGAGGCAGGAGGAUCCCUUGAGACUAGGAGUGUGAGGCUGCCUGGGCAAUAGAGCAAGACCCCUUCUUUAAAAAAAAAUAAUAAAACUAAUAAAAAAAGAAAGGACAGGGUGUUUGGCUUGUAAGGAAUUGAAAACCCCUAUUCAAUGGCUUAACUCACAAGGGUUUUAUUUUACAUAAGACGUCUAGAAGGAGGUGGCUCCAAGAUUGAUCAAUUUGAUGCGUUGAUGGCAUCACAGGAACGUAGGGGCUUUGUCUUUCUUCAUUGCAUCUUCAGUGUCCUUCAUUGCCUUGGUCCUCAGGCUGGUUCCUAUCAUGGUCACAAGAUCCCACCACAAUUCCCAGCAUCACAGGCAGACAUGUCUACAUCCAGCUGAAGAAGAGACCAUCUCUUCCUGUAUACUUCAUUUUAAAAGAAAGCACAGUUCUCUUUAUAUGUUACUGAUCAGACUGUCACAUACCUGCUUCUGAAAUGCUAGCAAGGGGAAUUUGAUGGCUGCUUUAGAAUGUUCAGAAUUUCCUCCUGACCUGAAGCUAGGACCACUCUCCUGAGGGGUUAAUUCCUAAAUAGUCAUGACAACCUGUCAGUCUGCCCUAUCACAGAGAUGGCUGAAGAAGUGGGGACAGACUGUUGGGCAGACAACCAAUAGAAUCUGCCACAGCAAUGAAUUGACUUUGGGGCCUUGUGGUGUAGGGGCAGUGGGAGGUGAAGAAUGGGCAUAAGGUCCAAUAUGGGGACAUGGAUGGCUUGUUACAUCAUUCACAGUUGGGUACUUCCUUUGAGAGAGACGGUUAUGAGCUCACUUCUGGACAUCUUGAGUUUGAGGUAUUGGUGUGCAUAAGACGAGUAGAGCCGCCAGCCUGGGAACAGGAUGUGGAGACGUUUGUAAGCGGGUGUCAUCUACACACUGGUGGUCCUUGAAGUCCCCAGGAUGUGAGUGCCCAAGAUAACAUAUAUAAGAAAGGAAACACAAGAAUUGUACCUUGGAAAAGACCAUAUCUAGAGAGCAGGAGACAGAAGAAUCAACAAAGAAGACAAAGCAUUAGUGGUUAGAAACUGGUGGAAGAGGAGGUGUGAUGGGGAGAGGGAAGGAACUAGAACCAUUCUGUGUGACAGAAGUUAACAAGAGCCUUCCAAGAUUGAGUAGCCUGCAGAGAAAACUGUCAGGAAGGUGCAAAUGAAGUAAGGCCAUGGAUUUGGGAGGCUACCAGUUCUUGAUAACCAAGGGAGCAGCUUCCAUGGCAUGGUAGUCACAGAAAAGCAUGAUGGAUUAAAAAGACAGUGACAGGUAAGAAAGCAGAAGCAGGGAAUAUGUUUUAGAAAUUCUUGCAUACAAGGAUAGGAAAGAGGAGGACUCGCUAGAGCGUGGAAGGAUUGACAGGUUUCCUGUUUUGUUUAGUAUAAGAGAGACUAUACAUUUUUACAAGCUGAAGAAAAAAGAAAGAAGUUGAAGAAUCAGUGGAUAAUUUAAAAAUACCAGGCAUGAUUCCUUCUCGAGUUUUUGCCUGGCUCGUCUCUCUGCCUAGAACCCUUCUUCCAAAUGUCCACACAGACAACUUCCUUGCCUACUUCAAGCCUUUGUCCAAAUGUCACCAGUUGGUGAAGCCUACCCUCGCCAGCCUAUAUAAUGGGCCACCAAUUAGGAAGCCUCCUGCACACCAAUCCCCCUUAACCUGCCCUAUUUUUCUAAAGCAUCACUUGUCAUGCUCCAUAACUUAGAUUUACCUAUUUAUGAUAAUUAUCGUUUCUCUCUCUCCCCCAGCUGGAACGUAAGCUCCAUAAUGAUAGGAAUCUGUUUUAUUUUAUUUAUUUAGAGACAGGGUCUUGCUCCUGUCACCCAUAGCUGCAGUGCAAUGGUGUGAUCUCGGCUCACUGCAACUUCUGCCUCCCAGGUUCAAGUGAUUCUCCUGCCUCAGUCUCCUGAGUAGCUGGGAUUACAGGUGCACACCACCACGCCCGGCUAAUCUUUGUAUUUUUAGUAGAGAUGGGGUUUCACCCUGUUGCCAGACUGAUCUCGAAUUCCUGACUUCGUGAUCCACCCGCCCCAGCCUUCCAAAGUGCUGGGAUUACAGGCAUGAGCCACCACAUCCAGCCUAGGAAUCUGUUUUAUUCACUAAUGUACCUCAAGCACCUUGAACCCUCUCUUGCAUGUAGCAGUCUCAGUAAAUGUCUUUUUUGAAUGAAUGAAUGAACUCUACUAUGCUUUCAACUGCAACCCAGCAUGAUUUUUCUCCCUUUCCCUGUUCUGUUUUGGCUCUGUUUUUUUAUAUAUGACAUACCAAUGUUUUACAUUUAUUAUGUUUUCUAUCUCCCACAGUAGAAAUCAAGCCCCAGAGGAACAAUGAUUUUAAUAUGUUGUUACUGAUGUAUCCCAAGCACCUAGAAGUGUGCAUGACACAUAGUCGGUGCUUAGGAAACACUUGUGGGAUAAAUGAAUGAAUCAGUGAAGAUUCAGAGGUUGAAGGAAAUGAGAUUAAGAAUCUAUGUUUGCCUGGGAGAGGGCAAGAGAUGCAUGUCCUCUGAGACUGGAGAAGAGGAAAAGUACACAAAUAAAACCAAAUCAAGCCAUGGAGCAGGUGUACAGAAUCAGGCAUUUGUUCAAAUCUGCCUCUGCCACUUAAUAACUGUGUGAUUUGGGGGCAAGUUACUUCCUUUCUCUGUACUUUCACUUCCUCCUUUUUAAGACAUGAAUGAUAAUAGUGUCUGACUCAUAGAGUUGCUUGUGAGGAUUAAACAAAUUAAUAUGUUUAAAAUAUUUUAAAGAAGUUAAGCACUAUGGCUCACACCUGUAAUCCCAGCACUAUGGGAAGCCAAAAUGGGAGGAUCACUUGGGCCAGGAAUUUGAGACUGGCCUGGACAACAUAGUGAGACUUCAUCUCUACAAGAAAUGAAAAAAUUAGCUGGACAUCGUGGCACACACCUGUAAUCCCUCAGGCUGAGGUGGGAAGAUCACUUGAGCCCAGGAGUUCAGAGGCUGCUGUGAACUGUGAUUGUGCCAUUGGACUCUAACCUGGGUUAGAUAGACCAAGACCCUGUCUCAAAAUAAAUAAGUAAAUAGGGCCAGGCACAGUGGCUCAUGCCAGUAACCCCUGCACUUUGGGAGGCCGAGGUGGACAGAUCACCUGAGGUUGGGAGUUUAAGACUAGCCUUGCCAACAUGGUGAAACCCCAUCUCUAAAUACAAAAAUUAGCCAGAUGUGGUGGUGGAUGCCUGUAAUCCCAGCUACUCUGGAGGCUGAGGCACGAAAAUCGUUUGAACCCAGGAAGCGAAGGUUGCAGUGAGCUGAGAUGGCACCACUGCACACCAGCCUGAGUGACAGAGCAACUCUGUCUCAAAAAAAAAAUUAAGUGAAUAAAUAUUUUAAACAGUGCCUGGCACACAGAAAGCACUAUAAAAAUUAGCUGCUGCUGGUGGUGGUGAUGGUGGUCAUAGUAAAGUGGAAAAAAAAAAAAGGAACAGCAGAAUUAAAUAUGCUAAUAUCCAUGGGGUUUGACCUGGAAGGGAAGGCAGGAGGACAAUAUGGAACCAGCAUAGAUUUAACAGUGAGUUUGGGCUUGGGGAUGAAGUUGGGAGCGUGAGUCGACAACACCUGAUUCUAGUUCUGUUUGUGACUGUGAUUCUGUUUGGUGAGCCUGGCUAGUUAGACCUGCUGUGGGCACCCUGGGUUUCAGUAAACUCCUACUCUGAUGAACAGAUUAAAAAAUAGGAUCAGAGUUUAAAAAUACAGAUAUUUUUCUCUGCAGACUAAUUCCAAUUUCUUAAAACUUGUAUGAAUAAAAUAAUGGCACUGAUUUUUUCUGCUCUGAGAUCUUUUUGGUUUUUGUUUUAAUUUUGUAGGUAUUUUGUAAUUUUUUAUGUUUCAAUGUUUAGAACAAGAUCUAGGGGAUUCGAGGCAGGAAACACAAAAGGCCAGGCUAAUCACACGAACAGAGCCCACUACAAUGGCUGCAGUGGGCCACACAUCUCUGGAAAAGACAAUUCCCCAAAAGAGUGCCUGGGGAAGGCAGAUAAAAGACGAAGUUGGGUCAUGUGACAGGUGUCACUUGAGUAACCAUACUGGGGCCGGAGAUAAAAGCCCACUCCUUCAGGUCACAUGACCCAGCUUCAUUACACUCCCAGCAGGGGGUUAGAGAGUCUGGAUGCCAUUUUUUCUUAUUUAUUUAUUUGUGUUUUUCCCCCUUAUUCUGUGAUAAUGAGAAAAUGUUUAAACUCCCAUCUCUGUGUUUAAACAUUUCUUCC